UUAGUUUUGGUAGCUUAUGGAAGUAGAAUUGGUGUGGCGCACGGUCCAUUUGCAGCCCAACCGUCCCAACAAGGUGACGACGAGGCACAUAGCCGUUCCUCCCGCGCAUCCCGCACCUUACCGGGCCCUCCCGCUUCAUUCCAUGUUCCUGCCCAGUUUGAGUAUGCGCCAGAUCACUACGAAUGUCAUUUGUCCUGUGUCGAAGUCUCGCUGAGCCAACACUGUUUUGUCUCCGCAAUGCUUACGGAUGGUCCAGAAUCCAUGGUCGACUUCAGAAGGGAGGCCCGGCUGGACUCAGAUGAGGCAAGGAAGUCCCAUGCUACCUCCUCGGGUAGCCGACGGACCCUGAACACCAUGGAACCGCUUUCAUCAACCCAACAGUUGCCCUCCAUUGGACACUGCCAUGGCGACGGCCGGAUCCUCAACUUCCCCUCUUUUCUCCCCGCGGAUCCGUCGUCUCAACACGCGUCACCAAGGGGCAAACAACGAAUGGGCUAUGACGCCCCCACUUGUGCGGCGAAUCGCGAAGCCAGGGAACAGGACCCUGAAUGGUCCAGCGAAUUCGCAAAUUCGCGGCUUCGGUCCCGCCUGGCACAGUGUGGGAAACGGGGGAACAAAGUCCCCGACCACCCAGCCUCCUUUCCUUUCGCAUUCAAGUUUGUCAACCGGUCCGCCUUGCUUUUAGACUUGAUGAUCUGUGCAUCUUGAGGCAUUGAGUAUCUCAUCUUAGGUGAAGGACAAGUGGCGACUUUGUGCCGAUUUCACGCAGCCAGAAGCGACAAGCAAAACGUCUCAAUCGCAUGGCGUUUGCUGUCUACACUAACUCAACUUGGCGUUGCCGAGCAACACCCAGUGCAUGUGUGCAUG